GUCGCGAUCGCGCACACCGAGAUCGGCGACCGCCUCGCCCUCUCGCUCACGAAGCGAUGAUGACGACGACGAAGAAGAAGAAGACGACUCCCGCGCGGGAUCACGGUCGCCCGCGUCCACAUCGGGCGGGGGGAGCUCACCGCGCAGCCUCUCAGGCGCCGUCGACCGCAGGCUACGGCUCUCGUCAACCAACGGUGGCGCAGACACCGACGCGGCAGUAACGACACCCGUAACACCCGGACCCGUGAAGAGGGGCCCCGUGAGGCCGCGGUACGAGGAGGAAAGGGUGCUGAGCGGACACGCGGGGAGCCCCGUCUCGCAGGUGCGGAUAUCGCCCGACGGCCGUUGGAUCGCAAGCGCCUCAGCCGACGGCACCGUCAAGACGUGGGACGCGGCCACGGGGGAGCACAUGGACACGCUGGUGGGCCACAUGGCGGGCGUGAGCUGCGUGGCGUGGAGCCCCAACAGCGAGAGCCUGGCGACGGGGUCCGACGACAAGUCGAUUCGUCUCUGGGACCGGGUGACGGGCCGGCCAAAGGUCACUGCCAAGGGCGUGGGCCACAUGGCCAAGGACGACGCGGCGCCUGCGGCUCAUCCCAUGCCGCCGCUGCGGGGGCACCAUAACUACGUCAUGUGUCUUGCCUUCUCGCCGAGGGGAAAUAUUCUCGCUUCGGGAUCCUACGAUGAGGCUGUGUUUCUGUGGGAUGUGAGGGCGGGCCGUUUGAUGCGUAGUUUACCAGCGCAUAGCGACCCGGUCAGCGGUAUCGACUUUUCCUGCGACGGCACGUUGGUCGUGAGUUGCUCCACCGAUGGUCUCAUUCGCAUAUGGGACACUUACACAGGCCAAUGCCUCCGCACCCUAGUCCACGAAGACAACCCCGCCGUAACGUCCGUCUGCUUCGCGCCCAACGGUCGCUUCGUCCUCGCCUUCAACCUCGACAACAGCAUCCGCCUCUGGGACUACGUCGCCGGCUCCGUGAAGAAGACGUACCAGGGCCACGCCAACAACCGCUUCGCUAUCGGCGGCUGCUUCGGUCUCGUCCCCGGCGAAGGCGCCUUCAUCGCCUCCGCCAGCGAGGACGGCGAAAUUGUGCUGUGGGAUGUUGUUACGAAGGAGGUUGUCCAGCGGAUUCCUACGCACAAGAAGGAUUCUUCUUCGCACCGGGGAGGAGGAGGCAAGGGUGCCAGCGUGUGUUUCUGGGUUGAUGUUCAUGGGGACGUCAUGGUUUCGGCGGGGCAGGACGGGCGGAUACGCAUCUUUAAGAGGGCGCUGGGCGAUGGGGAGGUUGGCGGUGCUGAGGCCGUUGCUGCCGCUGUUGCUGCUGAUGGUACAGAGACGAAUGGAGCGGAGAAAGCGCUGACGAAUGGUCACACAAAUGGUGAGGAGGCCAGGGAAGAAGAAGUCGCACAUGUCAAUGGCACGGAACCACCGAUAAAGCAGGAAGAGGACGUCGAUAUGGCUGGUGUAUGAUGGGAUGUCUCACGCAGGGGAAGCUAGAGAGAGCGAGAGAGAGAUGUAGAGAGGGGGGGGAGAAAACAGAAUCAUCUCGGGGGUAGUUAGAUGGCCUGAACAUGAUACCAAGACACACGGACAACCGUCCUCUUGAAACCUCUUAAACGGGCAGACUUCGUUGCCAAAUAUGAAAACUCCAGCG